CAACGACAAAACAGCAGGAAGCGUCAUAUCUCCGUUCUCCACCCGAUCAUUUCUCAUCCAACGUUCAUCAACCUUUUGACUACCUUUUGCAUGCUUGCCACGUAUUCAAAUGAUGUGAUUCCCCCAGAAAAAAAACACACACUAUUCCCUUCCCCCCUUUCUUACCUGAAAUUCGCUGAUAUGGAAAUCCGGCUUUUCACCUCCUCCACACCCAAAACUUCUCUAUAUGGUCUCUGAUUCGCGACUUUCAAACUUCAAUUCGAAGAUCCUUACUUGCUUCACCACUGGAUCUUGCUGUUUGUUUCCGAUUUUUUUAGGGUUGAUGCAAAACCUAUCAGGGAUUUGAUUCAAUUCGAUUCAGUUCAUCAGGCUUGACAUGUUUUAACCAUGACUGGUGUGUACUCCUGAUGGUUUUCAGGAUGAGUCAGGAGAUAAAGUUACAUGGAGAUGUUUACUUUGGCAAUGUCAAGGGUAAACUCCCCCAUGGCAUGGGUAGCUACACAUGGUCAGAUGGCACAGUUUAUGAUGGUAAUUGGGAAGAUGGAAAGAUGUGUGGUAGAGGUCGAAUCUCAUGGUCAUCUGGAACAAGUUAUGAGGGUGAUUUUUCUGGUGGAUAUCUCCAUGGUUUUGGCACAUUAACAACUCCUGAUGGAUCUGUAUACAAAGGUUCAUGGAGAUUGAACAUUCAAAAUGGUGUUGGAAGAAAGGAGUAUAGUAAUUCCGAUGUUUAUGAUGGUUGUUGGAAAGAUGGAGUUCAUGAAGGAAGUGGAAAGUACGCUUGGGGGAAUGGAAACACGUAUAUAGGGAACUGGAAAUCUGGUAAAAUGUUUGGUAGAGGGGUAAUGAAAUGGAUAAAUGGUGACCUUUUUGAUGGAUCUUGGUUAAAUGGGUAUAGACAUGGGUCAGGUGUUUAUAGGUUUUCAGAUGGUAGUUAUUAUUUUGGGACAUGGACAAAAGGGCUGAAAGAUGGUCAAGGCACAUUUUAUCCUGCAGGAAGUAAAUGCUCAUCUUUUAGAAAGAAAGCUCAUUCUCAACGAUUCAGGGAUCCAGAACGUAAUGUUACUCGAACUUAUUCUGAAAAAAUUACUUUUAGUGGUUUUUUUAGAGAUUCGGGUCGUAUAACAAGCAGGAGAAUCCCGCCAGAUGACGAUUAUGCCCUUGGGGAUUCCACUAGAGAGUUUUCUACUUCUGAGAGAACAGAAAUGUUUUCUCGUAUCUCAGAUGAAGGUGAAAGUGAAGUAGAUGAUGAUAGUACUGUGGCAUGGGAAAGGGAGUACAUGCAAGGUGUUUUAAUGAAGGAACGUGUUAAGAAUCAUUCAGGGGCGUUAUCGUCUAAAAGCAAGCAAAGUAAACGUAUCACAAAUGAAUCGAAACAGAAGUCAUGUGUGGAUAUUUUUGAAGGUCAUAAAAGCUACUGUUUGAUGCUUAAUCUUCAACUAGGUAUCAGGUACACAGUUGGCAAGAUUACACCAGUUCCUAUGCGUGAAGUGAGGUCUUCAGACUUUGGGGAACGUGCUAGAAUAAGGAUGUAUUUCCCUAGAAAAGGCUCACAAUUUACACCUCCACACUAUUCUGUUGACUUUCAUUGGAAAGACUACUGUCCCAUGGUCUUCAGGAAUUUGAGAGAGAUGUUUAAGUUAGACGCUGCAGAGUAUAUGAUGUCAAUCUGUGGGGAUGAUGGAUUGAGAGAGCUUUCUUCUCCAGGGAAAAGUGGCAGCUUAUUUUAUCUCUCUCAUGAUGACAGAUUUGUAAUCAAGACUCUAAGAAGAUCUGAGCUCAAGGUUCUGUUGAAGAUGCUUCCUAGCUAUUAUGAUCAUGUUAAAAAGUAUGACAACACUUUGAUCACCAAGUUUUUUGGGCUCCAUGAGAUAACACUAAGAGGUGGCAAGAAGGUGCGAUUCAUAGUGAUGGGAAAUAUGUUUAAAACAGAAUUACGGAUACACAGGAGGUAUGAUCUGAAGGGUUCUUAUCAAGGAAGAUUUACAUGUAAGGAUCAUAUAGACGAGGGCACCACAUUAAAAGACCUUGAUCUUGCAUAUGAAUUUCAUAUGGACAAGACAUUGCGUGAGGCCCUUUUCGAGCAAAUCCAGCUAGACUGUUCGUUUUUAGAAUCUCAGCAGAUUAUUGAUUAUAGUCUUCUACUUGGAUUGCAUUUUAGAGCUCCUGAGCAUUUGAAGGCUCUGUUGGAAGCACCAGAUGCAGAGCAUGGGUCUUCUUCAUCUCUUGAAUUUGAUGAUGGUCCAAAAUCGGGUGAGCUGUCAAUCCCUCCAACAGGUCUUCUCCUAGUGACACAUGAACCCAGUUCAGUGAACACUGCACCAGGUCCUCACAUAAGAGGAAACACCUUAAGAGCAUUUUCUGUAGGUGACAAAGAAGUCGAUCUCCUUCUUCCAGGAACUGGAAGAUUACGAGUGCAAUUAGGGGUAAACAUGCCAGCUCAGGCAAACCGGAAAGUUUCACAAGAGGUUUCUGGUUCAACAGAGGUGGAGCUUUUUGAGGUAUAUGAUGUUGUUCUAUAUCUUGGAAUAAUUGAUAUUCUACAAGAUUAUAACAUGAGAAAGAAAAUAGAGCAAGCCUGUAAAUCCGUUCGAUAUGAUCCCAUUUCAAUAUCUGUUGCUGAUCCCAAAUUUUACUCUAAGCGUUUCAUCAAUUUUCUUCACAAGGUUUUUCCUGUUGAUCCCUGAAACCCCAUCAAGAUUCUUUUAUUAUACCUAUACCCCCCAAGUAUAUAGUUUUUCCUUUUAAUUAACAUUAUCUUUUUUCUUGUAACUUUUAUGUAUCAUAAUCAUAUCAUAUUCUCCUAUUUUUUGCAAUUUUUUGUGUUUUAUUAUUAUGUAAUAAACUAAUUCAAGCCUAUCUUGUUUCAAUGCUACGCGGAAAAAAUUAACUUUAUAAAGUCUUGUUGCCAGUAAAGGGUAUUUAUGGUCUUCCUUUUCUGUAAAAGUGAUCAAUCAUCUUCUGGACAGCUACCUCCAUUUUUUUACCUUUGAAAAUUGAGGUGUCAUCAUUGUAUCAUAAUUAAAAACUGCAACACAUCAAAUACUUUGAAGAG